GGUCCGCAUGUGGCUUUGUCGCGCUCGAUACCAAAAGAAACGACAGUGGAUAGUGAAUUAGCCCAACCCUAUAGUUACAAACGUAAAAUUUUUUGGAAAAAGGAUAACAGCAUGUACUUACGCACGCAUGUGCCAAAUUUGCAUGGUGUUUUCGAGCUGCAUAAAUAUGGCCGAGAAACUUCUUAUGAAACAGUAUCACGGAUCUAUGGGAAAAUUUCAGCGACUCUGCCUAUAUCACGCGUUCUAUAAAAAAAAAAUUUUACAAUCCGUUGCUCAUCGCCAGCAAAGCAAAUGGACUAUAAAAGAAUUUACUGGUGAUGAUGAAUAUAGAAGCAAAGGUGAGCAGAAACAUGAGCUGCGAACAAUAUCAUCAGCAUCCCCAUCAUCUGAUACAUUACCAAGCGCAAUACAAGAAUCAACACGAAAGACAACAACAUAGUUACUCACCUCAGCCGUAUCACCAAUACAAGCUAUGUUUUAUUAUAUCUGUGGCAUUGUUUUUAACAGACAUAUGCAACUCACUCACAAUGACCGAGGUGGAUAUACCUAAUCACAUAAUGCGCUUCAAGUCAGCUGUUCUUGGCUGCAGGUAUACCAUGGAUGGAGAGUCACUAUACUCAGUAAAAUGGUACAAGGAUGGAUAUGAGUUUUACCGGUAUCUGCCGCGCGAUAAACCGCCAGCGCAAGCUUUUCCACUGCCCGGUGUCAGUGUAGAUCUUCCUAAUUCAUCAGCGGCAAAAGUUACGCUGCGUCGCGUUACGCUGAUGUCGACUGGAGUCUACAAAUGCGAAGUUUCCGGCGAAGCGCCAGCAUUCAACACUGUUUCCGACGCCGAGAUGAUGAGCGUUGUCUUAACACCCAAUCACGGUCCAAGGAUCACUGGCGGCUACUUGCGCUAUAACAUAGGCGAACUUGUGCGUUUGAAUUGCACCUCAGCACCAUCUAAGCCGGCAUGUCAUCUAAAUUGGCUGAUUAAUGGUGAACCAGCGAGCCGCUCUUAUCUGAGACCCUACGAUACGAUUACUUUUGGGCGUGAGGCACUGGAAGUAUCACGACUGGGCUUAGAGUUUCGUGUGAAAAGUAAUCAUUUUAUUGCUGGCGAUUUAAAGUUAAAGUGUGUGGCCAAAAUUUCCUCCUUGUACUGGCAAAGUAAUGAGGCAAGUGUAGUGAGCGAUCUACAGAAUCGUGCGCCAGCGUUGGAGUCCAGGGAAACUGUUUUUGCCAAAUCACGUACACAUGGUUCCUCCUCGGCAAAACCAUUUACUUUUACAACAUUGAAACUACUAUAUUAGGUAACUCUGCUGAGCAUUUUUACGGCCACAAGUGAUAUGACCCUCAAUUUUACUGUCAGAUUAUGAAGACGAAACCGACCACUAAACUACUAUCACAGUCAAGGUUAAAAAUAUUAAAAAGGACGCAUA